AUAUAUUAAAAGACAAUCUUUAUUAAUGAAUAAAAAAUAAAAGAAAAUAAAUAAAUUAAAAUAAUAUAUAUAUAUAUUUUAUAUAUUUAUCCGUCUGAGUUUCCACUGGUUGUCCUCAGUUCGUAGCAUGAGGAGACAUAUUUUGCUGCAAUAAUUUGACUUUUGGGCAUUUCUCCCAGUAAAUAGGGGAGUUUCUGUGUGUCUGAUAAUAAUUCUAAAUCGGGGAAUAUUUGGGAAAUAUUUGCGAAUUGUUUUUCUCUUAAAGUUUUGAAUUUAGGGCAUGAGGUUAGAAAGUGCAGCUCUGUCUCUACCUGUCCUCUGUCACACUGGGAGCAGAGUCUCUCCUCUUCUGGUAGCCAGUUCUGUCUGUGGCGACCCGUUUCUAUGGCCAGGCUGUGUUCACUCAGUCUGUACAUUGUCAACAUUGUUCUUAGUUCAGGACAUUUUAUUGUGCUCAGGUAAUUUGCCAGUGUGAAUUCUCUUUUUAGGGUCAGAUAACAUUGUAAUUUACUUUGUGUUUUGGUCAUUUCUUUCCUGUAUUCAAUAUAUUUUUCUUUUUGCUUGUUGAUAAUUUGGUUUGGUCUGAUUGAGUUGGUGUUGCUGUCCUGAGGCUGUUGGGGACAUGUUACUGCAGAGAGCCUCAGGACCAGCUGGCUGAGGGGACUCUUCUCUGGUUUCUUUCUUUCACUUUCACUCUCUCACUCUCUUUCACUCUCACUUUUUCACUUUCUCUCACUCACUCUUUCAUUCUCUCUCACUCUUUCUCACACUCACUCUCUUUCACUCUCAUUCUCUUUCACACUCCCUCCUCAGUAAAAGUACAAACAGGACACUAACUUCAACCCACACAGAAAGGACUACAUUACCCACAGUGCACCUCUUCCUCUGACAGUUGGCUGGUAGGUUGAGGUGAGUUAUGCUACUAGUGGCUAAUGUAGCCUGAAAAUGUAAAAUGGAUUUAUACUGUCUAUAUACAUAUCUGUCUGUCUGUCUGCCUGUCUGUCUGUCUGUCUGUCUGUCCUCUUCAGCUGCAGUGUCUCAUGUGGUUUCAAUCUGGCAGCUGAUUGGUUGAUUGGUUGAUUGGUUGCAGCAUUCUGCAGCUGAUUAAUGGCUGAACGCAGCAUGUGAUCGUCAGCCACAUUCAAUCUGUGUGUGUGUGUGUGUGUGUGUGUGUGUGUGCGUGUGUGCGUGUGUGUUACACAGAUAAAAUCGUCUCAUUCUAAGGUAGCAAACACACAAUGAUUCUUAUUAUCAGCUGAUUAAAAACUAAUGAAAACACACCUGUGGAUAUUAUAUUACAGUGACACAGUGGAGCUUUAAUCAAUAUAAACAUAUAGAUAUUAUAUUACAGUGACACAGUGGAGCUUUAAUCAAUAUAAACAUAUAGAUAUUAUAUUACAGUGGAGCUUUAAUCAAUAUAAACAUAGAUAUUAUAUUACAGUGACACAGUGGAGCUUUAAUCAAUAUAAACAUAUAGAUAUUAUAUUACAGUGGAGCUUUAAUCAAUAUAAACAUAUAGAUAUUAUAUUACAGUGACACAGUGGAGCUUUAAUCAAUAUAAACAUAUAGAUAUUAUAUUACAGUGGAGCUUUAAUCAAUAUAAACAUAUAGAUAUUAUAUUACAGUGGAGCUUUAAUCAAUAUAAACAUAUAGAUAUUAUAUUACAGUGGAGCUUUAAUCAAUAUAAACAUAUAGAUAUUAUAUUACAGUGACACAGUGGAGCUUUAAUCAAUAUAAACAUAUAGAUAUUAUAUUACAGUGGAGCUUUAAUCAAUAUAAACAUAUAGAUAUUAUAUUACAGUGACACAGUGGAGCUUUAAUCAAUAUAAACAUAUAGAUAUUAUAUUACAGUGGAGCUUUAAUCAAUAUAAACAUAGAUAUUAUAUUACAGUGACACAGUGGAGCUUUAAUCAAUAUAAACAUAUAGAUAUUAUAUUACAGUGGAGCUUUAAUCAAUAUAAACAUAUAGAUAUUAUAUUACAGUGGAGCUUUAAUCAAUAUAAACAUAUAGAUAUUAUAUUACAGUGGAGCUUUAAUCAAUAUAAACAUAUAGAUAUUAUAUUACAGUGACACAGUGGAGCUUUAAUCAAUAUAAACAUAUAGAUAUUAUAUUACAGUGGAGCUUUAAUCAAUAUAAACAUAGAUAUUAUAUUACAGUGACACAGUGGAGCUUUAAUCAAUAUAAACAUAUAGAUAUUAUAUUACAGUGGAGCUUUAAUCAAUAUAAACAUAUAGAUAUUAUAUUACAGUGGAGCUUUAAUCAAUAUAAACAUAUAGAUAUUAUAUUACAGUGGAGCUUUAAUCAAUAUAAACAUAUAGAUAUUAUAUUACAGUGACACAGUGGAGCUUUAAUCAAUAUAAACAUAUAGAUAUUAUAUUACAGUGGAGCUUUAAUCAAUAUAAACAUAUAGAUAUUAUAUUACAGUGACACAGUGGAGCUUUAAUCAAUAUAAACAUAUAGAUAUUAUAUUACAGUGGAGCUUUAAUCAAUAUAAACAUAGAUAUUAUAUUACAGUGACACAGUGGAGCUUUAAUCAAUAUAAACAUAUAGAUAUUAUAUUACAGUGGAGCUUUAAUCAAUAUAAACAUAUAGAUAUUAUAUUACAGUGGAGCUUUAAUCAAUAUAAACAUAUAGAUAUUAUAUUACAGUGACACAGUGGAGCUUUAAUCAAUAUAAACAUAUAGAUAUUAUAUUACAGUGACACAGUGGAGCUUUAAUCAUUCCCGCUCCAAUGUAUUGAUCAUUGAUCAAUGCUGGUUAUUAAUGCUAAUGAUGCUGAUUGCUCGCUGUCCCUGUGGACUGUUUGACCCGUUGCUAUGGAAACAUUGGAGGUAAUGUUUGAAUAAAGUCAUUAUUAAUUAUUUCUUCAGUUGUACUAACGACAAUGUGACGGCUGUACAGCAAUGAAUCGUGGGUAAUUAAAGCUGCUGUUGAUGGACAAUAUUCUCCCACAAUGCACUGCACAGAGGAACUGGAGGAGGCAAAACAGAAAGUUUAGAUGUAAAAACGAAACUCUUUGAUUUAAUCUGCAGCAGCUUUUAUACAGAAAUCACUCAGCCCCGCCCCCUGAUGAUGUCACAGCUCCAUCAGUAUAAAUGAGCAGCAGACAGCUCCACUGGCAGACAGACAGACAGGAGGCAUGUGGUGUCGAGGUUUCCUGCAGCCGGUCAGAGCGCUGUCGACCAGCAGACAGGCGGGUGUCCUCUUUGAUGUGGACGGCGUCCUGCUCCGUGGUGGCACGGUGAUCCCGGCUGCUCGACGAGCAUUUCAGAAGCUUCUGGACCGAAACAACAACUUCCUGUUUCCUGUAGUCUUUGUCACUAACGCAGGAAGCUGCCAGAGACAUCACAAGGCCCAGCAGCUGUCUCACCUGCUGGAUUUCCAGAUUGCCCCGGAGCAGGUGGUUCUUUCCCACAGUCCUUUGCGAAUGUUGAAGAGUUUCCACGAUAAAUGUGUCCUGGUGUCUGGACAGGGACCAGUUACGGACAUCGCAAACACUUUGGGUUUUCAGAAGGUCGUGAGCAUCAAACAGCUCAGAGAACAUCACCCCCUGCUGGACAUGGUGGACCACAACAGGAGACCCAAACUGCCUUCGUCUCAUCUGAAGAUUCUCCCUAAAAUAGAAGCGAUCAUCUUGUUCGGGGAGCCAAUCAGAUGGGAGACCAACCUGCAGCUGCUGAUUGACGUGCUGUUGACCAAUGGGAGUCCUGGCUGCAUGUACGACCCUCAGCUGUCCGCCCAGCUGCCCGUACUCGCCUGCAACAUGGACCUGAUGUGGAUGGCAGAGGCACCAUCACCACGGUUUGGUCACGGGAUGUUCAUGCUGUGUCUGGAGUCCGUCUACAGGAAGCUGACGGGUCGAGAGCUUCAGUAUCAGGCACUGCUGGGAAAACCCAGUCUGCUCACAUACCAGUACGCCGAGCAUCUGCUGAGACUGCAGAACCACAACCACAAGCUAACCACCAUCUACGCUGUCGGUGACAACCUGAUGACUGAUAUCUACGGUGCUAACCUCUACAACCGUUACCUGGCUCAGCAGCACACUGCCAUGACAACCACUGCCAAGCUUGUUGCCCGUGGAACGGGCAGUCAGGUGACAAUGGCGAUGCCAGAGGAGGAGUUGGUGUCUGAGGCUGCUCAGUGUCGCUCCAUACUGGUGUGCACAGGUGUCUAUAACCCCCGCUCCCCGUUGCCUAGCCACCAGAGCAGUGAGGUCACAGAGAUGGUAGUCCACGGUCACAGAGACCUGGUCCUGGAAAGAGACCUGAUGGAGCCAAGUCACGUGGUAGAGGACGUGGAAGCUGCUGUAGACCUGCUGCUGCAGCAGGAGAGUGACCUCUGACCUAGCUGUUAGCUCUGUUAGCACUGUUAGCUCUGUUAGCUCUGUUAGCUCUGUUAGUUCUGUUAGCACUGUUAGUUCUGUUAGCUCUGUUAGUUCUGUUAGCUCUGUUAGUUCUGUUAGCUCUGUUAGUUCUGUUAGCUCUGUUAGCUCUGUUAGUUCUGUUAGCUCUGUUAGCACUGUUAGUUCUGUUAUCUGUUAGCUCUGUUAGCACUGUUAGUUCUGUUAGCUCUGUUAUCUGUUAGCUCUGUUAGUUCUGUUAUCUGUUAGCACUGUUAGCACUGUUAGUUCUGUUAUCUGUUAGCACUGUUAGUUCUGUUAGCUCUGUUAUCUGUUAGCUCUGUUAGUUCUGUUAGCUCUGUUAUCUGUUAGCUCUGUUAGUUCUGUUAUCUGUUAGCACUGUUAGCACUGUUAGUUCUGUUAUCUGUUAGCUCUGUUAGCACUGUUAGUUCUGUUAGCUCUGUUAUCUGUUAGCUCUGUUAGUUCUGUUAUCUGUUAGCACUGUUAGCACUGUUAGUUCUGUUAUCUGUUAGCUCUGUUAGCACUGUUAGCUCUGUUAGCUCUGUUAGCUCUGUUAGUUCUGUUAGUUCUGUUAGCUCUGUUAGCACUGUUAGCUCUGUUAGCACUGUUAGUUCUGUUAGCUCUGUUAGCACUGUUAGUUCUGUUAGCUCUGUUAGCACUGUUAAUUCUGUUAGCUCUGUUAGCUCUGUUAUCUGUUAGCUCUGUUAGUUCUGUUAUCUGUUAGCACUGUUAGCUCUGUUAGUUCUGUUAUCUGUUAGCUCUGUUAGCACUGUUAGUUCUGUUAGCUCUGUUAGCACUGUUAAUUCUGUUAGCUCUGUUAGCUCUGUUAGCACCGUUAGCUCUGUUAGCACUGUUAGUUCUGUUAGCUCUGUUAGCACUGUUAUCUGUUAGCUCUGUUAGCUCUGUUAGUUCUGUUAGCACUGUUAGUUCUGUUAUCUGUUAGCUCUGUUAGCUCUGUUAGCACUGUUAGCUCUGUUAGUUCUGUUAGCUCUGUUAGCUAUGUUAGCUCUGUUAUUUCUGUUAGCUCUGUUAGCUAUGUUAGCACUGUUAGCACCGUUAGCACUGUUAUCU